GUCUCUUCCAGCUGUUUUUUUUCCCCCCGCGCGGGUCCCGCCUUGCACGGCGGAGCGGAGAGGCCGAGAAGAGCGCGCCCCCCCUUCCCACGCCUGCGCACGGCUGAGGAGCCAAGACCGGCCGAAGGAAGCAAGCAAGCAAGCAAGCUCCCUUGACCGAGAGAGAGGGGCGUCGUCGUCGGAAGUCUCCACCCGAAGGGAAAAAAGCUGAGAAAGAGCAUGGCGCUCUCGGUGCCGGUCAACGGGGUGAAGGAGGAGGGCGGCGGCGACAAGGAGCCCGUCAUCGAACUCUUCGUCAAGGCUGGCAGUGAUGGUGAAAGCAUAGGCAACUGCCCUUUUUCUCAAAGACUCUUCAUGAUCCUGUGGCUUAAAGGAGUGGUAUUUAGUGUUACAACAGUUGAUUUGAAAAGGAAGCCUGCUGACCUUCAGAACUUGGCUCCAGGGACCCACCCACCUUUCAUCACAUUUAAUAAUGAAGUGAAGACCGAUGUCAACAAGAUUGAAGAGUUUCUUGAAGAUGUCCUCUGCCCACCUAAGUAUUCAAAGCUUUCAGCCAAGCAUCCAGAAUCAAACACCGCUGGAAUGGACAUCUUUGCCAAAUUUUCGGCAUUUAUCAAGAAUUCCAAACCCGAAACAAAUGAAGCCUUGGAGAGGGGCCUGCUGAAGACUCUGCAGAAGUUGGAUGAUUACCUGAACACACCUCUCCCUGACGAGAUUGAUGAAAACAGCAUGGAGGACGUCACCGUUUCCACUCGCAAAUUUCUGGAUGGUGAUGAGAUGACACUAGCAGAUUGCAACUUGUUGCCCAAGCUGCAUAUUGUCAAGGUUGUAGCCAAAAAGUAUCGAAACUUCGAUAUUCCCAAGACAAUGACCGGGAUCUGGAGAUACCUGAGUAAUGCCUACAGCCGGGAUGAAUUUACCAACACUUGUCCAGGAGACAAAGAGAUUGAAAUAGCAUACAGCGAUGUAGCGAAGAGACUCACGAAAUAAGCAGCAUUUCACACAUGUGUAACAAAAAGCUUCUUUUAACAGACUGCUCCCUUUUUGGCCCUUUUUACAAUAGUGAUUUACUUUGCUUGUACUUGCAGUUAUUCAGUGUUACGUGACACAUACACCAGUUACCGUACUUUCUUUUAAAUAAUGCAAACAAAUUUUAUGCCACUCACACGUUUUGCCUCCCAGAAUAAGGUUAAUGUUGCAGAUAGCAGUUCUGGAACUGGGUCUAUAGAUUCAGACCGCUUUAGUCUGGAUCCCGGUUCACAUAGUCAGGGGAACCAAGGGAAAAAGAUUUCACUUGACUGACCACUUUAGGUGAUGGGAACAAGGUGUAUGUUUGAGCACUUUUUCGAUAUUAAGCUGUCUGGUUAGGGAAAUGGGUUCAGCCAACCUUUCCUUGAUGUUCUUUCCUUUGGGGAAUGGUUCCGUAGCCUUCCCCAACCCCUCUGCCUAAGUGGGUUCAGCCUAGGGAAAGGGUUACCUCUUCAGAUUGCAGAUCCUAUAAAUGGGCCUUUCAGAUUUCAAAAUCUGCCUGGUGUUCUCAGGUAGAAGCCCUUCUUGGUGGCGGAUCCGGGACAGCUUGGGUAUUCUUGGGUGGUCUUUAGGCAGUUUCAUGUACCAGAGCAAAGAACUCUGAAACAUUCUGUGUAAUGGUCUCUCUGAAAUGUAGACCAGAAUCUCUUACUGCCUCACCAAGAAAGACUUGCAAAAUACUUGGGGCAACAUCUUGCAGAGAUCUUCACUCACAAUAGAAAAGGCACAUAUAUACAUAUAUAUUAAAAUAUCGGGAACUGUUCACAGACAUUGGGAGAUCUCUGUCUCAACUGUGCUCUUUGGAAGUUGCAGGGUGAGAGGUGAAAGUUUGCUAUUUUGCUGUGGCCCUCCAGUUGAUAGGAUGGGAAUUUGGAGAUCUCCUUUGGGGGCGCCCUAUACAUAGGACGUUGGCUCUUUUAUAAUGAAGCACAAUAGCACCAAGUGGCUUCUUAUUAAGGCACUAAGAGACUUGUCAAUAGGAUUUAUUUCUGAAGUAUCUGCUGGUCAAAAACUGACCUAUCCGACAGUGUUAGAUAAGUAUCACCUUUCUGUUCCAGAAGUAACUUGGUCUUUUAUGUUGCUGGUUAUUGAAGUGCUGCGAUUGGAUUCUGAAGAUACUUCUGUCUCACUUUGAUAAAAUCAGAAUCUUGCUAAGAGCUAUUUUAUUUUUAAUUACGUGCAAGUGACCUUCCAAAACCAGCUUCUUUGCCUUACUGGGCUAUAUGCAUAAUUCCAUCAUGAUGAUUCUCUACUUUCAGGUAAGGCGAAUAUGAAGUUGCCAGUCCCUCCAUUGUUAGCAUCUUCAUUCUGACUUGACCAGUAGUUGCAUAUUUACCAGCUCUUGUCGUUUUUUUAUGACAUAAUCAUUAUAUGUUAGAAGUUGUCUGGAUUUUUCUAUAACAACGUGAAAGAACGGUGCUGCCAUUUAAAAGCGCAAAAGUUGUGUUACAAAAUCUGAGGGGGUUUUUUUCUGAAUAAAAAGAAAGUCCAGGUUUUGAGGCACAAAGUAACCUUUUCAUUGAUUCUAAAUGCCAUCAGAAACUACUCCAAAGAAGAUCAGUCUUGCCAGCAUAUUUUUAUAUCCUUUGCAACAACGUUUAUCCUUUUUUAAACAAAAUAUAAGAACAGUUGCUAUCUGA